AUGUCCGCAGAUCUCCCCUUCAAACUUGCCAACGACGACCUCCUCAAGACCGAUGCUUACGUUCACGGGUCUUGGGUAACGUCGUCUUCAAAGAAGAGAUUCGACAUUGAGGACCCGGGGACCGGCAAGGUCUUUGCUUCGAGCCCAGAUUUUGACCGCUCCGAUGUCGACGCCGUCGUCAAAUCGGCCCAUGAGGCGUUCCAAACUUACCGCCUCGAGAACCCGAGGUCGCGCGCGAAGAAGCUCCUAGAGUGGGACCGACUCAUCCGCGAGAACCGGGAAGACAUCGCUCUGGUAUUGACACAUGAGUCCGGGAAACCGUUAGCCGAAGCACAAGGCGAGCUCGACUACGCCCUUGGCUUCACCUGGUGGUUCGCCGGGGAAGCCGAGCGCAUCCGAGGCGACGUAUCGACGCCGUCCGCGCCCAACAGGAGGGUACUUAUCAUUAAGCAGCCGAUCGGCGUGGCGGUGGCGCUGGUUCCCUGGAACUUCCCGAUCGCUAUGAUUCUGCGUAAAGCUGGCGCCGCGCUAGCAGCAGGCUGUACCAUGAUCGCUAAACCAUCCCCUGAAACUCCUCUGACUUGCCUCAUUCUCGCAAAUCUGGCUAGCAAGGCUGGGUUUGGCCCGGGUGUGUUCAACGUCAUCACCACGUCUCUGGAGAACACGCCGGAAGUUGCAGAGGCACUCUGCAAGCACCCCUUGACGAAAAAGGUGUCGUUCACCGGGUCCACGAACAUUGGAAGUCUGAUUGCGAAGCACUGUGCUGAAGGGCUCAAAAAGCUUACCCUCGAGCUCGGAGGAAAUUGCCCAUUCAUCAUCUUUGAUGACUGCAACCAGGACCAGGCGCUCGAGCAGCUACUUGCACUCAAAUGGAGACACGCCGGUCAGGCAUGCAUUACCGCAAACCGGGUAUAUGUCCAAGAUGGCAUCUACGAGCACUUUCUCGAGAAACUGGUUGAGCGGACCAAGAAGAUCAAAAUGGGACACGGAUCCGAGUCUGGCACCACUAUGGGUCCCCUGACGACACCUCGAGCCAUUCCCAAAGCUCAGGCUCAUGUUAAAGAUGCCGUUGAAGCGGGCGCGAAGGUUGUCCACGGUGGUCGCGCGGGAGCAGAGGCCGGUUUGGCGGCUGGGUACUUCCACGAACCUACCAUCCUGCGCGACAUGAAGCAGUCCAUGCUGAUAAGUAGAGAGGAGACGUUCGCGCCGGUCUUGGGAGUCUAUCGCUUUUCCACCGAGGAUGAAGCAGUUCAAUGGGCCAACGACACGAGUAUGGGUCUUGCCAGCUAUUUUUUCACGAAGAAUAUUGAUCGCACGUGGAGACUGAUGGAGAAACUUGAGGCUGGCAUGAUCGGAAUGAACACCGGUAACUCGUCGGCGGCGGAGUCUCCUUUUGGCGGCAUGAAGCUCUCCGGGUACGGAAAGGAGUCUGGUAAGGAUGUGGCUAUUGAGGAGUACCUCGUUUCCAAAACUGUUACUAUGACCCUAGAGGGUCAUUACUGA